CCUCCACCUCCAUCUCCAUCUCCACCUCCAUCUCCACCUCCAUCUCCAUCUCCAUGGGAAGACCCCCGCCGUCCGGCCCGAGCGCUGUCCCGAGGAGCGGGUCCCGGGGCCAGAAAUGCUCCGUGUCCGCAGAGCGCUCUGCCGCCCGCUUACUAGGCGGGGAGCGGCGCCCGGGGGGGCGGGGCGGAAUGAUGCGUCGGGCGCCUACUGUGUGCUGAGCGCUCUACUAUGCGCCUCCUCGGCAGGGACGACGAUUCCGACCACUGUCUCCUGAUGGGCACCAUGGAGUCCGUGUUCGGGGAUGACGUCCACGUCCUGAGCCGGGAGGCGCUGAGGCCGGAGCUGGCGGGGGACAUGUGCUCGGCCUCCCACUUCGCCCUGGUCACGGCCUACGGAGACAUCAAGGAGCGGCUGGCGGGGCUGGAGCGAGAGAACGCCGCCCUGCGAAGACGCCUCAAGGCCUAUGAGGUCAAGGACCCGGUGAUCGGGAUGUUUGAGGACGACGGCAGCUUCUACGAGCUCAAGGAGAACGUCAGCUUCCAGCGGCAGCUCAACCAGUUCCAGCACGAGCUGCAGCAGCACAGUGAGCGCGAGGACCAGCUCUGCAACCUGGUCCAGGCCUACCAGAAGCUCAGGGAGGAGAAGAGCCAGCUGGAGAGCGAGCUAGCCGGCAUGCGGGCACUGGUGGAGACGCACCUGAGCCAGAUCUGCAGCCUGGAGCAGCAGCUACGCGACCAGCAGACUGAGAGCGGCUCCUGCCCCAGCCUCCCCAGCCUCCCCAGCCUCAGCCUCAGCCCGCCCCUGCACAGCUCCGAGCUGCACUACCUGUCUCUGCACGGGCCCCCCGGGCUGGGCCACGCGCUGGACCCGUCGCUGGGCUGGCAGAGAGCAGGCGGGCUGGAGGCCGCCGGCGAAGUGACCCUACAGAGGCUGGAGGUCGCGCUGGAGGGCGCCCAGCACGAGGCCCGGGCGGCCCAGCGACGGGAGGAGCAGCUGCAGGCCGAGCUGAAGCAGCUCCAGGACACCCGGGCCCAGGACUUGGCCUCCAACCAGUCGGAGAGGGACAUGGCGUGGGUGAAGAAAGUCGGAGAUGACCAGGUGAACCUGGCCUUGGCCUACACGGAGCUGACGGAGGAGCUGGGCCGUCUGAGAGAACUGAGCGCCCUGCAGGGCCAGAUCCUCAGGAGUCUCCUGCAAGACCAGGCUCGGAGCAGUGGCCAGAGGCACUGCCCGCUGUCCCCGCUGCCCCCCACCCCCCAGCGCCACUCUCCCGCUCCCCUGGCCCCGGCCCCUUCCCCUCCCGGUUGCCCCCCGUUGACCUCCUGCCCAUCCCCAGGCCCCCAGCGCCGCUCCCCCGGCCCUCUGUGCCCGUCCCCCAGCCCCCAGCGCCGGUCGCCCGCCUCCUCCUGCCCGUCCCCGGCCCUCCAGCCCCGGUUGCCCUCGGCUGGCGACAGGGGCCUGGCGGAGGCGGCCUACGCCAAGCCGAGCAGCCAGCUCGCCAAGGCGGGCUUCCAGGGCCGGCGCAGCUAUUCGGAGCUGGCCAACGGGACGGGCUACCCGGCGGCAGUGGCGGCGGCGGCCCCCGGCCCCUGGCUGCAGCCCGAGACCUCCACGCUGCCCAAGCCGCGGACCUACGGGGAGCUGUUCGGCGCCGCCAGGCCCCUCAGCCCCCGGGACUCCUUUGAGGACGCCCGGCUCCACUUCGACAAGCAGUCGUCGGACGAGGAGGAGUGGGCGGUGCCCAGCCCGCCCAGCCCGGACCCGGGCACCAUCCGCUGUGCCUCCUUCUGUGCUGGCUUCCCCAUCCCCGAGGCCCCGGCCACGUACCCCAGCACAGAACACGCCCAGUCCUGGCCGUCCAUUAACCUGCUGAUGGAGACGGUGGGCUCGGACGUCCGGAGCUGCCCCCUGUGCCAGCUGGGCUUCCCCGUUGGCUACCCGGAUGACGCUCUCAUCAAGCACAUCGACUCGCAUCUGGAGAACAGCAAAAUCUAGGACGUUCGGCCCGCCUCCGCCCCGCCCCGCCAACUCCCGUCUGGCCUCCUCUGCCCCUCUGCCAUGCCACAGCUCCCCAGACUGUCCCCUGAAUGCUGCAUGAACCCUGUGGGCUCCGGGCCCCCAGAUACCUCCAUGAGCUACCGACGAGCCUCCGCAAGUGUGGCCACCCCUCCGUCCCCUCCCCACUCGCCCUCCUCUUCCCACCCGCGAGAUGGGUGCGGGGAUGACUGACCGGGUUCUGGGUAUUCCUGGAUGAGGCCGAGACCGAGACCCCACUAGGACCAGAGGAAACCCUGUCCCGGGCCCAGGUCUCCCCCGCCGCCCCCCGGGCUGAGAGGCAGUGGUUGGGAUAUGGGGUCACACCCCUUCAUGAGUCCUUGUACCACGUGUCACCCCCACGUUGACCACAGGAAUCUUGGCUUGAGCCAGAGGCCGGGACCACCCCCCCCGUCACACCCGCCGCCACGAACUCCAAGACCUGGCUGCUCCGAGAUGCCUGUGAUGUGUUAGUGUCAUGUGCCCUCCUCACUGUGCCCCUUCCACCCUGCCCCGCACCCCGGCCCUGAUACGGGGCUCCUCCCCAUCCGCCCCCGACACAUCCCCUUUCUCACACUGGGAUUCCCCUCUCCUCAGGGCUGGGGUCACCCCAGGGGCACGGGACUGCCCUUGGAUGGGGGAAGAGGGGGUUGUCCUGCCCCCCCACCAGCCUGGCCUCAGAGAGAGGGCAUGAAUCCAGCCGGGCAGGCUCAAGGCCUGGGGGUCAGUGCCUUCUGAAGACGGUGAGCGGGGCUGGGCAGCACGGGGGGGCCACUGCUUCCCCUAGGCAAUAGUCCUCGACCCUCCCCUUCCCGCCACAAGUGCCCCUGGCCCCUGGAUGCCCUUUCCCUGGGUGGGGGGCUUGAACCAAAGCCUGGCACCCAGGAGGACCCAGACAGGCAGGGGCCGGCAGAAGGGAGGCCUGGCCCCCGGCCCGCUGCCACCCUCCCCGCCAUCCCGCCCAUCCCCCUCGAAUUUCCUCUGUGAAAUCUACCUCAGAGUUGACCAAUCACAGAAGGACGGGGGGAGAGGAGGUCGGGGAGAGGGGGCUAAGGAGAGGGUCGUCCCAUGAAGCCGGGGCCCGGGAAGGGCUGAGCAGCCGGGAUGGCCACUGCUUUCAGUGCAUGUUUGGACCAGUCUCACCCCCUUGCCCUCCUUGCCCACCCCCUCCCUCCCUAGGUGGGAAGGGGAGGAUCUCCCGCCUCUGGGAGUUGGGCUGGGGAGGUCUCAGGGGGCUUUGUUGAGCAGUAAGGGUGACUACAUCUUCCUGUCAUCUGCGUCCUGGGGAGAAGGCCCCCCUCGUGCAAUGUGAACACGUUUCACUUCCAAAUAAAAUUACCUGUUACCUGUCUGCUUGAUGUGCCCAGCCCCACCACCCGGGGUCUGUGCCCCUGGCAAACUCACUAA